AUGGUGGCCAAGUGCCUUUUUUGCGGCUUAACUAAACUGCACCCCAUGCGCUCGCCGAUAAACUGCGCUUUAGCGGCGGCACCACCCGCACCUGCAUCUCUGUCUUCCAAGUGGAUUUCUUUCCAUCACCCCUUGUUAACAAACACAUCCACACCUCAAUAUCUUGCAGCCUUGCAGCGACAAGAAGUCGAUGGUCACAGGAGAGCACAAGGAUUUCAGUCAACGCAAUGACUGAUCAGGCCAGCAACUCAGGAGACACGUGUCGAAGAUGCCUCAAGCCAGUCUCUUGUCAUACUUUUCCAAGCCGGUAGCAUCAUCUGUCGUGGACCGCGAUCAUGCCGGCGUCAAUGCUGCCGAGAAUGUAAAAUCCAUCGGAUCAGGAUGCACUGCGGUUGCGGCAAAAGCUCCCGCCAUUAUACAGAAACUGCAAGAAAAAGAGAGCCUUCCCGCCACGACUGCCUCGGACAUCGGAAGCGCACGCGACAACCAGUCUGAAGAUGCCAGCACUUCAUCUCUACCAGAAAAGCAGACUCCCAACACUACCAACGGCUUCGGUCUUGCACCUGAAUGUUCCAAGAUCUUCUCCGUCCCACAUCUCCCAGAAGCCAUCAUCCUACCGGUUCAACGGGCACAUCUACCGUCAAUCCAGCGCCUAACGAGCACGACCCUCCCUGUCCGUUAUAGCGAAGUCUUCUUCACGGCAACACUCACAGAUCCAGUCGUUGCUCAGCUAUCAAGGGCUGUUCUCUAUUCCUCAGAUCCAGUAGGCUGGAUUCGAUGUCGUCUGGAGCCGUGCUCACCACGAACCGACGCGUCCUUUUCCGGACUAGAGCUAUCCCAGAUCUACAUUCAAGCUCUGGCUCUACUGUCACCAUACCGUGGUCUGGGAUUGGCCUCGGUGUUGCUGGAAACGAUCUUGUCAUCUUCGAUUGCGAAAGCGUCAGAGACGGUUUGCAUCUACGCACACGUGUGGGAGAAGAAUGAAGACGCAUUGGACUGGUACGCUAAAAGGGGUUUCAAGCGUGUUAUGCUGGUCGAACAGUAUUACCGAAGACUGAAGCCCAGCGGUGCAUGGAUCGUAAGGAAAGAACUCGACGGAAGUUGAAAGGAGCUUCAGUCCUCAUGAUCCCCAAUAGGACUUUUGGACAGGUAGCCUCGACCAGCGCCAGGCUUAAGGGCUUGAUUUAUAGCCUCACUCAAACUUGGGCCUACGCAUUUGCGUGAGGUGGAUAGGCUAAGAAUGGCCUCUUCUUGUUCUCCUCAGGCCUUGCGAGUUGCUUUCGACGCUGGUAACCCUCGUGGUCCUUCUUUGCUAGCAGAACAGCAUCCACCUUUCCCGCCCAGUCGACUCGCAGAUCCGAUACUGUAUAUACAAUUCGUCCUCAACGCAGAGCUUGGCAAUUAGAGCAUAGAAGCCACAUAACUCUCCUCCAUCCCCCUCACCGCCCGUUUGAAUAUCUCGACCUCCUUCCAACAAUCCAGCGGUUGUCGGUCUUU